CGACUAUUCAACCCUACAGGGAACACAGAAAACAUUUCGUACCCCCUACCGGGCCACUCAACGUCGACUUGACCGUUAUUAGUUUUUCGACCCCGCCAUGCCGCCGCCGCGACUUCUGCAGCGCACCCGCCGACCGGACGCGGCGUCGUCUGGACGCCAGGCGCCUGAUGAUGCUCCCCUCGAGCUACCGCCCUACGAACCGCCGUCGUAUCCCAUGGAUGAAGCAAUCAAGCGGAAACUCGCAGCUAUUAGCGGUAGCCGCGAGACAGACAGUGCGAGGCGCCAGUACGAGACCCAUCUCGCCAAGUCGUCCACCUACCUCUUCGAGAGCGUCGGCAGCAUCAACGAUAUCCUGUUUGCCCGUAAGCGCUCGCUCGCCCACAUGGUCGAGAAGCGGUGGGCCCGUGGCGAGGACGGCACGAGCGAUGCCCAGCUGUCUCUGGAGGAGUACGUGGCUGAGCUGGAUGCCACCAUCACCGAGUUGACCGACUCUUCUGAGCAAGCACUGCGUUGGGUGAUCGACUGCCGCGCCGAACUCGAGGACCAUCAGGCGGUGCUGGAGCAGGUGAUGGAGGGGUUGAAUGCCCAGCGGCCGCCGCCAGAGCCUAGGCCGCCCAAGAUAAAACGACGGGCGGCCGACAGCGAUGACGAAGAUGGCGGUCCGGAUUCCGGAGAUGGGGAGGCACAAGAGGAAGAGGAUGAGGCAGGCGAGAUGGCCGCUGAGGAUGUGCCUCCAUUGGUCGGUGCGAAGGAACUAUUGGAGGCCGCCCGCAAAGCCAAGAUGUCGGAAUACGACGCCCUGAGCGCUCACCAACGGUACGCCGUCAACAACGACUACAUCUCGUUCAAGAAGAACUGGCAUGAUGCGCUGCACCCGGAGGACCAGGUUCCCCUCCCCGAUCCGUCAACUUGGUUCGACGAGCAUGGCAGGCCGACCAAGGACGCCGUAGCCGACGCCAACGGGGACGACGAUCUCGUGGUCGAGCGCGAAAUUAUCGACCUCAAGUGUCCACUAUCGUUGCAGAUCAUGAAGGAGCCAUACAGCAACCAGAAGUGCAGGCACACGUUCGAAAAAUUGGCCAUCAUGGAGUUCAUCCAAAGCAACGGCGGCAUGGCGAAAUGCCCGGUUUGCUCCGAGGACCUGCGCAUCAAAGACCUGUACCUUGACGAGGUGGUCCUUCGGAAAGUCAAGCGGGCGGCCGAAGCAGCUAGGCGAGGAGUCGAUGACACUUCUGAUAUUGAGGCCGAAGACGAUGAUUCUAGUAUGAUUGUCGGGAAAUCCAUCAACAUCAAGAAGGAGAGAGCCCGAUCGCAACGCCGGAUGGAGGAAAUCGACGCAGACGACGAUUGAUGUUGUUAAGCGAACGUAUAAGCCACCAACUCACUGUUUGUUUACCCUUCCUCUGCCCGGCCCCCCGAGCCAGGCAUCACCCCCAAUCGUACACUAUAUACCAAUCGACCCGCCUGUGA